GCGAAAACGAAAAAAAGUUACACAAAGGUGUAAGGACUCUUAAUAGAGAGGGACUCGACAACGUGCUCAUGGCUUGCAUUUUACAGGGAUGUGUCGUAUUUUGGGGUAAUUCGUGUCGUUUUGAUUGAGGACAACGACGUUGAGGAAGGGCUCGAAGCUUGAAAACCCUAGGAGAGAGAGAUAGAGAGGUAACGAGAGUGUGAAAAAGAGCGGGAACGUUCAGGUGCUCCUCGGUGCUGUGCCCUAGUUCCCAAUUGCACGAUUCCGUACCCCAAUUCAGGUAUUCACGAAUAUCAUAUUCUUUUUUCUUUUUGCAUCAAUGGGAGGGGCUAGCCUGUAGAUAUUUAGAUAGGGAUGCAUGGAUGUAACUCAGGGUCUGCUCUCUUAGUAAAUGCUGAGGUUGAUUCCAUGGGAGGUGUUGUCGAUGGUGGAGUUGGGAUUGGUGUCAAGACCUCUCCGCGCAGAGUAGCUAUUGAGAAGGCUCAAGCAGAGCUUAGGCAGGAGUAUGAUGUUCGCGAGGAAAGAAGAAGAGAACUGGAGUUUCUUGAGAAAGGUGGAAAUCCUUUGGAUUUCAAAUUUGGCAAUGCAGCUUCGGUUAGUGUCCAGUCUACAUCUCUCACUGAUCAGCAAGCAGAACAUUUUGCUAUCAGUGAAGCGAAGGGCAGUUUUGGAUUGACUGCCUCACCUCAUGGUGAUUCUGUAGAAAGUAGUGGUAGACCAGGGAUUCCUGCAGUUUGUGAACCCAAUAGUGCUGAUAAUCUCUUACUUUUUCAUGGUGAAAAUGAGUUGCCUGAAGGUGAAAGGAAAUCAAUGCAUCCUCGUAAGAAGAAUACUGUUGUUCCAUCAGAGCAGUCUUCUCAGAUGGGCCGAACUCAAAAUGCCAAGGAAUCAGAAGAUUCUGCUAUCUUCCGCCCAUAUGCUAGAAGGAACCGGUCAAAAUUAAAUCGAGAUGCAGCACGAUCAAGUUCAACAGAGAUGGGUCAGGGUCGAGGUGGUCAUGGCCCUUCUUUACCUGCUCGUGUAUCAUCAAAGGAUGAGAAGGUUUUGACAAAUAACCAAAAAGAUAAGAAUAUGCCUUCUGUUAAUAUUGCAAAAUCUGCAACUUCAAAUGGUAAUUUGGCUUCAAAGGUGAUCACUUCUGGUAAUCUGUUGAAUAUGGAGCUAGAUGGUGGGCAGGCUGCCGAAGCAACAACUGACCAGUCAAAGGGUGAUCUAUCCAAAAGCAAGGUUGAUGCUACGGUACCUAAUGAACCUGUUCAAGUGGAUGUUCACAAAUCUGCAGUUAACUUGGCUUCCGAGGAACCUGAUCUUGUUGGAGGAAAAGAGCAGGCAAUUUCAACUGGUUUUGAAUGUCCAGCUGAUUCAGGUGCAAACAAAGCUGAAAAUGAAACUAUUUCUAAUAAGUUAAAUGGGUUUGGUGAUGCCAAAAGAGAUGGGAAAAACAUACGAGUUGAAGGGCAAAAUAGCAGUGCUGCAAGAGGGGUGAAGGGAUUAGAUUCUGAGUCCUCUUGCACUGAAAACAGCUUAAGCUUAGAUGUAAAUAAUGAUAAUGAUGCAUGUAUUAAUCCAAAAAAUGUUGAUUCUAAUGGAAAGCCCAUGGAACAAACAUCAGAAAAAGAGGAGUCACUAAACUUAGCUGUUGGUGAAUUGGCAAAAGAAAAGAAUGAGAUUGUGGCUGCUGAUAAUGUUGCUAUUAUUUGGGAUGCCCAAACUUCCAAGAACCAAAACCACUCUCUUACCGAUUCUAUUGUCAAAGUGGAGGAAGAGGUUAGAUCUGAAUUACAAAAUGAAGUGAGUUGCCCUUCCAACAAAGAGGUGCAACAAAGCAGUCCCCCUGUAUCAGAAGCUGAUAGAAAAACUAACACGGUGCUGGGUGAUAAUUCUAACUCCAAAAACGAAAACAUUUGUGCUAGUGGGCUGUUGGGCACCAUGGGCAACUUUAUUUGCGAGAUUCCAGAGAGGACUUUGUUAGGAAGAACCUCGACGGCUAAUACUGAUGUUCAGACUAAUAUGGAUGGUCAUGUAAAAGUGGUGGACAAGGCGCAUGAAGAUUCAAUCCUGGAAGAGGCUCGGAUUAUAGAGGCUAAGCGGAAAAGGAUUGCAGAGCUAUCUGUUGGCGCUUUACCCUUGGAGAACCGCCGGAAAUCUCACUGGGACUUUGUGCUUGAGGAAAUGGCAUGGUUGGCAAAUGAUUUUGCCCAGGAGCGUCUCUGGAAGAUGACUGCUGCGACUCAAUUGUGUCGACGUGCUGCUUUUACUUCACGGCUGAAAUAUGAAGAACAAAAUCAGUUCUGGAAACUCAAAAGAGUAGCUCUAACCCUUGCUAAUGCUGUCAUGGAGUUUUGGCAUUCAGCAGAGUUGCUUCGAAAUAGUAAGGAUAGAAGUCUUGGUCCAAACAACUGUGGUCAUGAUUUGGUGGGGUCAAGGGCCAAUGAAGUUACUGAGAACAAGAAUGCAGAACUGGAUAUGGUUCUGGAGCAGGAUAUCCAUGAGGAGCAGCAGGAGCACCCUGGAAAGAACAAUGAGUUUGCUAUUCAGGCAUAUGCUGUUAGAUUUUUGAAAUAUAACAGCUCCCCUGUCCCAACACUUCAAGCUGAAGCACCAGCAACUCCUGACAGGAUAUCUGACUCUGGCAUUACAGACAUUUCUUGGAAUGAACACCUAACAGAAGAAAGCCUCUUCUAUUCAGUUCCUUCAGGUGCUAUGGAAACCUACCGGAGAUCUAUUGAAUCUUAUUUGGUACAGACUGAGAAAACUGGGAGUAGUGCACAAGAGGAAGUUGAAACAUCCGCUUAUGAUGAUGGAGCAGAGUUUGGAUAUGGUGACUUUGUUUAUGAUGAGGAUGAAGGAGAAACAAGUACAUAUUAUUUGCCCGGAGCCUUCGAAGGUAGAAAAUCAUCAAAACUAAACAAGAAGAAGCGGAAGAACCCUAUGAAAUCAUAUCCUGCAAGACCCUAUGAAAUGGAUGCUGAUUUGCCAUAUGGAAGCUGUGCUCAGCAAUCCGUGUUGAUUGGAAAAAGGCCAGGUAGUAGUCUAAAUGUUGGUCCAAUUCCAACAAAACGUGUGCGCACUGGUUCCAGACAGAGGGUUAUAAGUCCUUUUGGCAGUGCUGCUGCUGCUGGGGGCUUACAGGCUCCGAUGAAAACAGAUGCUUCUAGUGGAGAUACUAAUUCUUUUCAGGAUGAUCAGAGUACUUUGCAUGGAGGAUUCCAGAUGCAGAAAAGCAAUGAGGUUGAAUCAAUCGGGGAUUUUGAAAGGCAGCUACCAUAUGAUUGUGCAGAAACACCAACAAAACCUAAAAAGAAGAAAAAGGCCAAGAAUCUUGUACGUAGGAAUUCCUCUGUUUUAACUGACUGGGGUCUGUUUAUCCCAGAAAUGCUUUCUGCAUAUGAUCAGGGUUGGCAGCUGGAAUCUACUGUUCACAGUGAACAGCGAGAUUAUUCCAAAAAGAGAUCAGAGAGUCAUCAUUUUGAUUCUAAUGGAUCCAGUGUUUUAUAUGGGCAACAGAAUGCCAAGAAGUUGAAGCUAAUGAAGCAACAACCAGAUAAUGCCUUUGACAUCAAUCCUAGUGGAUCCAUCCCUUCACCAGUAGGGUCACAAAUGAGUAAUAUGUCCAACCCCAACAAAAUCAUUAGAUUAAUUCAUGGUCGUGACAGAGGUAGAAAAGCCAAAACACUUAAGAUGUCUGCUGGCGAGCCUGGUUCUGGUUGUCCCUGGUCGCUAUUUGAAGAUCAGGCACUUGUUGUCCUAGUACACGACAUGGGACCAAAUUGGGAGCUUAUAAGUGAUGCCAUUAACAGUACCCUUCAGUUUAAGUGCAUAUUCCGCAAGCCUAAAGAAUGCAAGGAACGGCAUAAAAUCUUAAUGGAUAGAAGUGGAGAUGGAGCUGACAGUGCUGAUGAUUCAGGAUCUUCUCAGCCAUAUCCAUCCACAUUGCCUGGCAUUCCCAAGGGAAGUGCCAGACAGUUGUUUCAACGUUUGCAAGGACCAAUGGAAGAGGAUACUCUGAAGUCUCAUUUUGAGAAAAUUAUACAUAUUGGCAAGAAACAGCACUACCGGCGGAAUCAGCAUGAUAACCAGGAUCCGAAGCAGAUAGUGCCAGUCCACAACUCUCAUGUUAUUGCUCUUUCCCCAGUCUGCCCCAAUAAACUAAAUGGAGGGGUUCUAACGCCUCUUGAUCUUUGUGAUGCCACUGCAUCAAGCCAAGAUGUUCUACCCCUUGGAAAUCUGGCUUCUAAUACCAGUGGUUUAGCAAUCUCAAAUCAAGGAGCUGCAGGAUCAAUGCUUCCUGCCUCUGCAGCCAAUUCUUCACUACAGGGAUCUUCUGGCAUGGUUCUUGGCAGUAAUUUAGCAUCGCUGUCUACACCACUCAAUUCAUCUGUGAGGGAUGGUAGAUAUGGUGUUCUGAGAACAUCUUUGCCAGCUGAUGAGCAGCAUAGAAUGCAACAAUAUAAUCAAAUGUUAUCUGGCAGGAAUGUUCAGCAGUCCAACUUGUCUCUCCCUGGGGCUGUUUCUGGAUCAGAUCGAAUGGUUCGUGUACUAAGUGGGAAUAAUUUGGGAAUGAUGUGUGGGAUAAAUAGAAGCAUGCCAAUUUCAAGGCCUGGCUUCCAAGGAAUGACAUCAUCAGCAAUGCUGAAUUCUGGCAGCAUGCUUUCCUCCAAUUUGGUAGGUGGAAUGCAAAACCCUGUCAAUAUGCACUCUGGAACAGGUUCUGGUCAAGGAAACUCAAUGUUAAGACCUCGUGACACCAAGCACAUGAUGCGACCUGGCCACAGUCCAGAGCUCCAAAUGCAGGCUCAAGGGAAUGGCCAGGGAAUUUCUGCUUUCAAUGGGCUGAAUUCUGCUUACCCUAAUCAAUCUACUGCACCAUCUGUUCAGUCAUAUCCUGGUCAUCCCCAGCAGCAGCAGCAAAUGCCUCAGCAGCAGUCCCAUGCACUGAGCAAUUCUCAUCAUCCUCAACAUCAGGGUUCCAAUCAUGCUUCUGGGCCGCAGCAACAAGCAUAUGCCAUGCGCGUCGCUAAAGAAAGGCAAAUGCAGCAGCAGCGUCUUAUGCAGCAACAGCAGCCCCAGCAACAGCAGCAAAAACAGUUCACUGCAUCUAGCGCUUUGAUGUCACAUGUCCAGCCUCAGACCCAACUUCCCAUAUCCUCUUCUCUUCAGAAUAGUUCCCAGAUUCAAUCUCAAGCAUCAACUCAGCCAGUGUCACUUCCCGCUCCAUCUUCACCAAUGACUCCUAUGUCAUUACAGCACCAACAGAAACACCACUUGGCCCCUCAUGGGCUUGGUAGGAAUCCCCAAACUGGUGCUAGUGGAUUGAACAAUCAGAUAGGCAAGCAACGGCAGCGGCAACCCCAGCAACAGCAGCAGCAGUUUCAACAGUCUGGCAGGCACCAUCCUCAGCAACGACAACCACCUCAGUCUCAACAGCAAACUAAACUUUUGAAGGGAGUAGGAAGAGGGAACAUGCUGGUGCAUCAGAACCUUUCUGCUGACCCUGCUCAUCUGAAUGGCCUCAGCAUGGCCUCUAGCAACCAAGCUGCUGAGAAAGGAGAGCAGAUCAUGCACUUGAUGCAAGGUCAGGGCUUGUAUCCCGGGCCUGGUACAGGCCCUGUCCAACAAUCUAAACCUCUAGUUUCCCAGCCACAGCAAAAGCUAUUUUCUGGGGCAACGCCCCCUUCUACAAAGCAACCCCAGCAGAUGGCUUCCCAUUCGGAUAAUAGUUCUCAAGGUCAAGUUUCCACGGUGCCUUCUGGUCAUAUACCAUCAGCUGGGAAUCAAUGUGUCUUGCCAGCCUCUGUGGGUCCAAACCACCAGCAUUUGCAGCUACAGUCACAGCCACACCAAAAGAAGGUUAAUCAAAACCAAUCUACUGUUCAAAGGGUGCUUCAACAGAAUCGACAAGUGAAUUCGGAUCCUCUCAGCAAACCUCAGGCUGAGCCAGCUCAAGCUGACCAACAGCCCAUGAAUAAUGCUUCGCAGAUGGGUACAACCACAACUGCAGCAGUGUCCGAAGUUGGCAUUGAUUCAGCUAACAACACAGUGCAAAAUGUUCCUUCUGCUGGUUCUCAGUGGAAAUCAUCAGAUCCAGUGUAUAAUCCUGGUAUGCCAACCUUGGCUACUCAAGUGGGAUCCAUAGGGAGCCCCCCUCUUACAAAUUCAGCUGCUAGUGUUCCACUACCUUCUUUCAACCAAGGGUUAGGGCAGAGACAAUUACCAGGUGGCUUACCACUUCAUGGGAGCAAGGCUGGGGCACAGCGGCCACAACUGCCACAAAUACAACAAUCUUCAACACCGGCCCCAUCUCAACAACACUACCAGCCACAAGAGCAAUUACAGCAAGACCUGCAUAAUUCACCCCCACAACAGCUGCCAUUGCAGCAACAGUCACAACAGCAAACUCCACAUCUACAAGCAGUACAAGGCAGCUUGUAUCACAGGCCUUCCAAUUCUAAGCCAGAAUGAAGCAAUCCUAUGGAUGGAUCAGUUCCAACAGCAAAGGGUUAUGCUAGGUUGGGUUUGGAUGUCCUCGUAACAGCAAUGUACAGCUAGCUGUCUGUUGGUGCUUGGCUCUGUGAACUGUUUGGAUUAUAUGAAGCUGGUUAUUCUACGGGGGCAUUGCCAUGCGGAAAGAGGUGGUUUCUAUUUGCAGGUUAGAAAUUCACAGAAAGAAUGGACCUUUUCUCUUUCUGUUUUUACUUCUUGGGUUUUUGGGAGAUUUUAUGUAUAUUACCAGUGGUCUAGACUAGAGCAUUGGGAAGAUGGGGACGGAAUAUAGAGGCAUUUUGUACAUAAUAGGUCACAUCUCCGAUUUCUUGUACUUCCUUGCCCUCCCUUCCUUUCAUGGUGUCCCUGCUCGUAUGCAUAGGGGAGGGGAAGUCUUAUUUCAUUUUACCCCCAGUAGAUCAGUGCCAUGUAUUAUUUACCCUUUCCAGAUCAAGUGGGUAGCAAUGAAUGAUUGUUAUGGGCAAAAAAGCCUUCGGAAAUUUUGUGAAUAUAUAAUAUAAGGUUUGUUUCUGGUGCGCA